AAUUGCUCCCUACAAAGUUUCGAACAGUAUCUCAUCAAAGUUUCGUACAUUGGGUACCUUUAGAUGUCUGUGGAGAGUCGUAAAACUGAUCAUAUUUCCGAAUUGUCUCCUCAUUAUUCAGAAACCCAUAGUGAUGAACAGCUCGGAGGAAAUACCUAUCAAAUGGAUCCCUUGUUAGAGUUAGAAUUAGCUAAAGUACGUUUAGCUCUGACAGAAAAGGAAAUCGAGCUAGAACGGUUACGCCAAAAAGGAAGAGAACAUUAUAAUCAAGUUAUGGCUGACAAGGCGAUGACGUAUGAGUGUACAUCUGUCGUUGAUGUUCCUCCUAGAAAAGACUGGGUAACAAUGAUGUCUAGAGCUUUAGACCUCCCAAAGAAAGAGAUUAUAAGAUUUGAUGGUAACCCUAUGAACUAUUGGAGCUUCAUACGGAAUUUUGAGGACUGUUUUGACGAGAGCAUUGGGUUCCGAUCUAGGUUAAACUAUUUGAUCCAGUACUGUGAUGGUUAAAGCUAAAAACACUAUUGUUCAUUGCGCAUUGUCUGAGCCAGAAGAAGGCUAUCGUAAAGCACUAGAACUUCUCGAGGAAGCAUUUGGUCAGAAAUAUAUAGUAGCUCAUGCAUUUAUUAAUAAGAUGCUGAACAUCCCUGCCAUUAAAGGGACCGAUCCAUAUAAUUUAAGAAGGUUGUCUCGUGAGAUGCAUAUUUGUGAGCUAACACUCACGCAGAUGAACUAUGUAUCUGAUCUUAAUUCCACAAAGACUAUUGAAUGCAUGUUUUUAAAACUAACGUUACACCUGCAAAGAGAAUGGGUUAUAGUUGCGUGUAGAAUUCUUAAGACAGGCAGAGAACCUUCACUCAAGGACCUUUGUGAA